AGACUCUUUUUCAUUUUUGUCCGUUCAUCAUUAUCUUCUAUAUCAUUCUCGCAGCCUCUGUUUUUUUUUAUGUCGGUUAAUCUAUAUCCAUGUAGUUUCAGUUUUUAUGAAGCUGAACUUCAGUUUACUAAGUAUUUUUGUUCAUUUUGAGUAUUGAAGUUGAGCUUGUUUGUUGAGGUGGAGGUAGUUUUUUUGAUUUUUUUCUGCUAAUUUGGGGGUAAAAAGUGUUUAUUCAGCUAGUUUUUGCUGUUUUGUCAUCUGGGUUGUGCUUAGUUUUGUGUAAAAAAACUUGUUUGUGAGUUGUGAUCGUUGAGCAGUGGUUGAUCAAGGUGUUUUUUUCUUCAUUUUACUUGCGUUUUAGCUGGUGUAGAAGGAGUUUCUCUGGGUUUUUUCUGUUAAUUUGGGGAUAAAAAGUGUUUAUUCUGCUGGUUUUGCUGUUUUGUCAUCUGGGUCGUGCUUGGUUUUUGGUGUAAAAAACUUGUUUGUGAGUUGUGAUCGUUGAGCAGUGGUUGAUCAAGGUGUUUUUUUCUUCAUUUUGCUUGAGUUUUAGCUGAUGUAGAAGGAGUUUCUCUGUUUUUUCUGCUGAUUUGGGGAUAAACGUUCUUUUUUCAGCUUUUUUUUUUCACUUUAUCAUCUGGGUUGUGCCUAGUUUCUAGUAAAAAACCCUUGGUUGUGAGUUGCGAUCGUUGAACAGUGGUUAAUCAAGGUGUUGUUUUCUUCGAUUUUCGUGUUUUUUCCUGCUAAUUUGGGGAUAAACGUUCUUCAUUCAGCUGUUUUUUCCGUUUUAUCAUUUGGGUUUCGUAGAUUUAAGCUGUGAUUGUUGAGAAGUGGUUAAUGCAAUGGUGGAUACAAGUGACAAAGUUCAAGAAACUGGUGAGAUGGUUGGGCAAAAUCAAACCCCAGAAAGGGUUUCAUCAGAGACUAACCAAAAAACUUGUGUUGAUUGUGGAACCACAAAAACUCCUCUGUGGAGAGGUGGACCUGCUGGACCUAAGUCAUUGUGUAAUGCAUGUGGAAUAAGGAGCAGGAAGAAGAGAAGAGCUCUUUUGGGAUUGAACAAAGACGACAAGAAAUCAAAGAAAUCUUCGACUAAGAGCGGUGUUAAUCAUCAUCAACAGAACCAGAGUAGCAACAGCAGUAGCAGUACAAGCAGCAGUGGAGAAAGUACGAGUAAUGUAAUAGUGAAGAACGAAUGCAUUCCAUAUAAGAAACGAUUACUGCAUUUUGAUCGAGAAGUUGGUUUGCAAAGACCAAGAUCAAACUCUACACACAGAAGGAAGUUAGGUGAAGAAGAACAAGCAGCAUUCUUGUUGAUGGCUCUUUCAUGUGGUUCUGUUUAUGCUUAGCAGAGGAAGAUAAUGUUGUACUUAUUGUUGUGAUUGUAGUACCUUUUUUUGGGUUGGUAGAGUAAGAGGGAGGAUAGGUGUAAGAGUAGAAUGAUAAGAAAAAGAGCAAAAUCAUUUUGAGAGCUCAUAAGAAUGUAGACUUAAUGAUUGUGUUGCUAGUUUAAACUCAAUUGAAUUUAUUUCAAGUUAAGUUCAUUAACUUCGUGUGAUUUAUAACGUGUCUUGAGUUGUGGAAUCAAUUAUUAAUGUUUGUGAGUCGAA